ACCGCUGGAAGCGGGGACCUGUCCCCCACCCAAGAGCCAAAUACAGUGAUCCAAAGAGCAAGGCGCCACCCACCCCAUGGCCGCCAUUAACGGAGGUAGCCCCACCGCCCCAGAGCGGCGCAACCGCGCUUCCUUCGCCGGGCGGCCUUUCGGUUUCGAUUCUUGGCGGGUCUCGGUUUCGCCGCGGAAAGAGGGGAACCUGCCAGCUGGGCGGGGAACGGCGGGGAAGAGAGCGUCGCCGCAGGGAAACGAAAGCUGGGCUUCUCGGAGACGGCGAGCAGAAGAAGCCCGCUCGGUGCGCUCCGCCGGAAAAAAAGGCACCUUCCUGGCCCAGGCUUGCUUUAAGGCUGGAAAGGAUUGUCAGAGGCAGCACCAGACGAAGGAAAGAAGGAGGGUGGCUGCGGGCUUGAAGGUGACUCGCAUCUUGUUCAGUAUGAAUGUCGAAGUCCUGGAUCGAUCUGCAGUCCUUGUCUGAGCACUGACUACAAUUUCAAGUGUAAUCCAGGCUGCGAAUCAAAUCACAGCAAAGCUGAAUCAUUCCUGAAGGACACACCAAGAUGGCAGAGAACUUUGCUGGUCCACGUGUCUGCAUGGCAAAAAUUAAUGAAUAUUGUCAGAAAAGACGUUUAAAAUUGGAGUACAGAGAAAUUGAUAUAUCAGGCCCUGCUCAUGAUCGAGUAUUCACUGUUGCAGUUGUAAUUGAUGGGAGGCAAUAUAGCACAGGAACCGGUAAAUCCAAGAAAGAGGCAAAAGAUCGAGCAGCAGGACCAGCUUGGGAAAUCAUAGAGCAAGAAAUGCAGCAAGAGCUGGCUCCAAGACCACAGCAGCCGCCACUGCCUGCUUUGCCACCACAACCGCAGCCAUCACAGUUGUCCAGUGGUGCUGGAAACAUGUCAGAAACAUUGCCUCCAUCUUCAAUGAACUGCAUUUCCAUGCUCAAUGAAUAUGCAUCAAAGCACAACGUGAUUGUUGAAUAUAAAUUGGAGCAUAAAUCUGGACCACCCCACAUGCCAAUCCUAUCCUAUGCUUGUGAAAUUAAUGGCGACGUUUUUGGUCGGGGUACAGGAAAUAAUAAGCAGACUGCAAAACUUAAUGCAGCCAAACUGGCAUAUGAAAAGUUGAUUGGCCAGUCGGAUUCUAGGAUGGAAAGAAAUGGUGCCCAUACAAAUGCUUCUACAAACAGUUCAGUCUGUGAUUCCCAAGGGGUUUCGGAGGAGAUAAAUGUGAAGUCUGUUGAAGAGGCAGUGGGUGCUCCUUCCAGUGUGUCAGAUAGUAUUGUUUUUCAGGACUCAAAUGCUACAGCAAACAGACUGGCUGAUCAAGUGAAUGGUCUACACCUGAAUGAAUCUUCUUCUUCUCUGGUGAGUCCUAAAGGUCCAGCUGUGAAACCUAAAAGAAAAGAGACACCGUUGGCCCCGAAAUUUUCAAAGCCAGUUCAGAAGGCAAGUAAAUACACUGUCAAUGAGAGAUUCCUUGAGGAUUUUCAUGAUAUAGAGAAACUUGGUUGUGGUGGAUAUGGCAAUGUUUUCAAAGCAAGGCAUAUUAUUGAUGAUAAAAUAUAUGCCAUCAAACGAGUCAGACUUACUGCUGAGAAAACAGAAAAAAUAAAAAAAGAAGUACAGGCUUUAGUACGACUACUUCAUGAAAACAUUGUUCAGUAUUUUGAUAGUUGGAUUGGGCGAGACAUGUUUUCAUUCGACGACAGCAUGAGCAAUGACAGCUGCCAGCAAGCAAAAUUUUAUUGCCUUUUUAUACGUAUGGACUAUUGUGAAAAAGGAACAUUAGCUAAUUGGAUUCGUCAGGAAAGAAGGAAAGCAAGCAGUAAUGAUGAAGUCCUGAUGAAAUUCCAUCAAAUAGUAAAUGGAGUGGAAUUCAUUCAUAGAAACAACUUCAUUCAUAGAGAUCUCAAGCCUUUAAAUAUAUUCAUAUCAAAAGAUGAUAAAAUAAAAAUAGGUGAUUUUGGAUUGGUAACAACUGGAGUUGAUGACCUUUCAGCAGAGAGGACUCAAGAGAAGGGAACAAGGUUGUACAUGGCCCCUGAACAGGCAAGGAAUAAUUAUGGCAAAGAAGUGGAUAUCUUUGCAUUAGGAUUAAUUUUGUUUGAAAUGCUGUAUGCAUUUGAAACUGAUCAUGAGAGACACAAGACGUUGUGGAAUGUUAGAGAAGGUGACUUUCCAAAAGAGUUCUGUGAACGUUUUCCAAGAGAGAUGAAAUUAAUUAAGAAACUCAUUGCAAAAGAGCCAUCUGAAAGACCACCAGCCAAUAGUAUUUUGAAAUUUCUAGACAACCAACCACACAACGCACAUACUUUCUAGCUAACAUCUGUCAAAAUACAGCUGCAGUACUUUGGUCCAUUGCUGGUGGUUGCGGUAGCUGAUGUUGAUUAAGCUCAUACAAAUCAAAAUGUGACAUGAGGGCACACAAAUUGCUUUGUCUUUUCAAAUUUGCCAGUUUGUUCCUUCCUCUAUGUCCUGCUAGAAACUUUGGGAUGUAUUAAGGGUGUUUCCAUUAGAGACAUGACCUAACCACAAGAUUUGGUUUGGACCACAAUUCAGUACUUUUGAAUAUGGUCCACUUCAACUUUAGUGGGUUUGACAUCAGCCUGGUGUGAGCCACGCUUUGUACAAAGCUACAAAUACAAAAUUUAAUUAUAGCUGUCUGUUAACCUUGCCAUAUUUCAUACUUCAGAUGAAUAGGUGCAGAAAAUUUUGUGCAAGUGUUGUCUUCCCAUUUGCAAGGUAUAACAAAGGAGAACAUGCUUAUA